GCCGCGCACAGUGACAACAUCUGCACCUGCAUCAAUACAAAUCCCCGAAAAACACGAGUGAAACUAUUCUCCACCCGCUAAUGAUGACAUUAACCCCGCGGUAUUUCGCUCCGAUCUGAAUUCCCGCCGAGCGCAGCAAAAAAAGUCGUCGGGGGCCUAUUUUUUCACUCAGUAACACGUCAGGCGUGCGGAGCAGCGACUGGUUCAUCCCCGAAAUCGUGACGGGAAAACUCGGAAGAUCGGCGAAACGUCUCGGGAUUUAUAACAUUAAAAAAAAAUUUUUUUGCUUGUAAAAUUUGUGAUUGUGAAGUUGAUGGAAUAGUGAAGUGAGGAAGGUUGGGCUGAGGGUUAUCAUGACGAUUUGGAGGUAGGAUGAAGCUCUCCCGCGUUUACUGGACUCUUCUCCUCAUCUCUGUCGCGUCAAGUUGCCUUCUAUUCAUAAUAGUUGCCUCCGAGGGGACGCAUGGACCCCUCCAAAAACAUCAGCUCAGCAAGACCAAGCUGAGGGACAAUAUCACAGUCCAAGACGUACCAGUUGACACUGGAGGGGGAAUUCUAGAUGCACUCAAUAAUCUACGUGACGAAAAUAACGAAGAUACAAUUGACAAGACUGACACGCUUGGGGGGAAUUCUGAGGAGGAGAAUGCAUCCCCAAGGAUUUCAGAAUCUCCACAGACAUCGCAGAACGAUGAAAACAGGAGGGAUAAUUUGGAUUGGAUCAAUGAAAGUCUCACCCAGCAGCCGAAUUUAUCACAGGGAAUAUCUGAAACCGGUCAAUCAGUCGUCCUAACUCUCGUAGACACAGCCUCGGCGGAGCUGCAGAAUCUGGCGGAACCCCACCUGUCCUCCGAGGCCCCAUCAAUACCAUCAACGAAGAACCUAACAGUGCCUCCAUCGACAGCACUAGACCCCGAGACGACAAUAACGCUUUCAUCGCCAGGAGUGGUCCGUCCGCCAUCAGUAUCUACGCUUCUCCUAGCAGCCGAAGGCCUCAACUUGACAGAUCCAAAGGCCACAGAGCCGACGCCUCAUGAGCCAGAUCAAGUCCUGGUUGUCCGAGCAGAUCAACGACCGCUGGAGGACACAAUCCAAAAUUCUGGAGACCCUCCGCUCGACCAUGAAGUGGCAAAAGACCCCGAGGAUCCGCCGAGCACUGAGGACUCCCUUCCAGCCUCUGGAGAACUGGAGGAGGCAGCCCGAGGGAAGCUCGUCACCGGAAGCCUUGAGGAGGCAACCGCGGUCGUUCUGGAUAGUGUCGUAGGAUCAGGCGCCUCAGAGCCACACGAGGACAUUCCGUCCUUCAGCGAGUGGACGCAAAAGCGUCUGGAGGAGGCGGAAAAGAAGAAGACACAUCCCAACGCCUCCAUCCAGAACCAACCUGGCAAUCCAGGCAGAAACAUCGGAAGCAUGAAGGUAAGAUCAAAAAAUUACGCAUCACCAGAUUGCGGUGCUAAAAUCGUUGCCGCCAAUCCUGAAGCGAGAAGUGCCAGGAGCAUUCUAGUAUCCACCAGGGACGAGUACAUGCUCAAUACUUGCACAUCAAGAGUUUGGUUUGUCGUUGAAUUGUGCGAAGCUAUACAAGCCAAGAAAAUUGAACUCGCCAACUUUGAACUCUUCAGUUCGUCCCCCAAAGAUCUGUCAGUUUUCGUAAGCGAUCGGUUUCCAACUAGGGACUGGAGCCCCGUCGGCCAAUUCACAGCUAAAGACGAGAGAGACAUUCAAUCUUUCGCUCUUCAUCCCCAUCUUUUCGGCAAAUUCAUUAAGAUUGAGUUGCACUCGCAUUACGGAAGCGAACACUUCUGUCCGAUAUCGUUGUUCCGAGCGUAUGGAACUAGUGAGUUCGAGGUCCUUGAAACUGAGACUGAGAUUCAGGAGGCCUCAGGGCGUGAUGAUGAGGAUGACGAUGAGGAGGUGUUAGAUAACGAUGGGGGGGAUUCUUCGAGGAAUCUCUUCGGUUCCGCGACAGAUGUUGUCAUUGGAAUCGUCAAGAAAGCGGCUGAGGUCCUGGUGAAAACUGGCGAUCCUGCUCAGAGCAAUGUCACUGACCAAGAGAGUAUCGGGGAAAAUAUCACGUUAUUAUUCGCUAAUUGCAUGACACCGAGGUACACAAUACUGUGUAACAAUUGUACGGACGACAAGAUCGCUCGGGUGUAUGAGUUACUGAGCUGUCGAAUCCAUCAGUUGGAUUCGAUUCUGAAGAUUCCAUUCGUCAUGCAAACGCUGCAUGACGAACUCUGCAGUUCUCAUGGGGUAGAUAUUUCGGAGCAAUCGAAAAAGAAGAUGGAUGGUAAAGUUUCAUCGUGGAAUUUCAAAAACAUGGGCUCCGCUUUCGCUUCAGUAUUUUCUUCGGAAUAUGUCAUAGCUCUUUGCAAUGUCCUAGCAAUAGAGGAGCGGAAGUCACUGGCGAUACCGAGCCUCGAGGAUUCCGGAAAGACUGUUAACACAACUUCGAACGAGACAAACUCAUACAAAUCAACCAAAGAGAGUUCUGCAUCAACUCAAACAACAUCUGCUUGUCUGCAAGACUCGGACGGCUUGAACUGUCGACCAACGCCUACAGUGACCAAACGGCACUCCGUUGAUUCGGCGAUCGAAGAAGACUUGAACAAAGAUGUAAAGCCUCCAGGCACCAUUGAGAUAAUAGCAACCCCGGAGAUCCUGGCUUCUCAGAUAAAGCCCACGAAGACUCUGGGCAAAGAGGACCUCAAGCGCGAGUCGUCAGUGCCAAUUCUCGAACCAAGUAAAGACGCCACUGAGGAGACAGUUCAAGCAGAAGUCGUGACGACGCCCUCGCCCUUGAUAAACCCCACAUCUUCGCUAAAGGUUCUUGAGGAAUCUCCGAUUGUCACACCACUGGACGUCACGACUCAGACAACAUACUCCCAGACGACAAAUCCCACGAGUCAGGAGAGCACACCCGAGGCUACUCCACCAAAGACAGAUGAAGCGCCGAAAUCAGAAUACAGUCAAGUCAGGCUAGAGGAGAAAGACGAGAAGCUCAAGGAGUCAGAGGAGCUGAAGCUGUCCCCCCAGGAUCAGCUGAGCCUAGACACGCUUCUUUCCGACUUGAAGGAUCUGGAGAGUGACUCCCCGAUCCCGGGUUUAGCCAGCAAUCCAGCGACCGUGACGUACCCCACCGCGAGUUCAACUCCACAGCAGAAAGAGUCGGUCUUCCUGAGGCUGUCGAACAGGAUCAAGGCUUUGGAGCGCAACAUGUCGCUGAGUGGUCAGUACCUCGAGGAGCUGAGUCGAAGGUACAAGAAACAAGUUGAGGAGAUGCAGAGGUCUUUGGAGCGUGCGACAGCAGCGAUGGGUGAGGAGUCCCGAAAGGGUGAGGAGAGGGAGUCGAGGAGAUUGGAGGAGAUUACAGCCCUCAGAGAGGAAGUGACUAGUCUGUCGGAAUCACUCGAGACGCUGCUGUACGAUCACAACAGCUGGCGAAGCAAGCUGUCGACAUUCGGCCAACACAUCAUCUUCAUCUUCGUUGAGCUUGUCGUUCUUGUCAUCAUUAUCUCGUACUGCAGAAGAUCGACGGAUCUCGAUGACGAGUUCCCCAGCAAGGUAUCGGUGAAAGAGGUGACAAGACGCAAAUCCGCCGAGUCCAUGAGCCCAAACUCGCCGAAGGCGGCUAAGAAACGAAGACCCAGUGAGAUUGCGUCCAAGAUCACGGGGACUUAUCGGGAGCUCAUGAUUGACGAUCGAGCCGAGUCGAGGAAGGAGCGGAAGAAGAAGAGGAAGAGGGACUCCUUGAUGAGGCUGACCACGAGUUUCGACUCGAGACGGGAUAAUCCGAAGGCCAUUCUACCGUCGAGGAGAUCAUCCUCGAUCGAUUGUGGGAGUUACAGUAAAGUUGAGGAGUUGCAGGGGAGGCGUCGACCGGACUCGGCGCCCGAUUCCUACGAGUGGAGCAUCGAUCGAGGGAAGGAUGACGAUGAGGGGAGGAUUAAUGGUGUUCCUCAGCAUCGAAUUGUCGUCGAGGAGAUCGAUGGCUUGAGUCGUUCCAACUACAUCGUGGAUGGUUUCAUCGAGCGAUUGUCUAGUGAAUCGAAGGACUGCGGCGAUCAGGUGUUGAGGAGUCCCUCCUCCAGGGGCAUCAGUAUCUUGAAAAAUCGCCUUAAUUCCCCGUCUUUCAUCAAGACAGCCCUCAAAUCACGGAGUCUGAGGGGUGAUAAACACAUCAAUGAGGCCAAUUCGCCGUUCUUGAGAUCGGACAAUUGGGAGUGGUACUCCAGAAACUCGGGUAGCUCUCGGUCUGAUCAGGACAGUCCUCUUGGCAGCAACAAUCAGUAUAUUGAUGUCAUAAGGAGUGACAGUAGAAACGGCAGCUCUGCCAAUGGUCAUCACGGUGUCAGUGAUGACUCUGGCAGUGGUAGUAACACACCAACACCGGGUAAGAAGAAGAAAGAGGGUGGGUUCAAAAAAAUUGUCAAGAAAUUCUUCUGAUUACCGUGAAUGAUAUUCAAGGAGGUCAAUCUCAGAUGCGAAUUUUCUACUUUUGCGAGCAACUUUUUUUUGUAAGACACUUUUGUUUUUCGAGGGGAAGAGAUUAGGGAGCUUUUUUAAUGUAGGUAGGAAUCAAUUUUUCAACUGUUGGAGGGGUUAACCAAAGAGGAAAAUCGUGAAAGUAUGGAUGAUUGUUGAUGAAGAGUUUCGGGUGUUGAAUGGAGGUUGUGGUGAUGAAAAUUAUUGGGCGAUUACUGGAGAUGAUGAUAAUUACAGUCGACUCGCUGUAUAAGAUAUCCAUAGCCCGGGCCAGUCUCUAGUGAAAGGAGAGGGAAAUCAUCUUAUACGAAAUCUAUCGGAAUCUAUCUUAUACGAAAUAUCUGGUUUCUAUUUUUUUUUUAAUUCCUCUCCCACUGUCCCUAAUGUAUCUUAUAUGAAGAGUUAUUCGUAUUGUAAGAGAUACAAUCCACUGUAUAAGAUAACGAAAGAAAAGUUAUCAUAAGGAUCAAAUGACCUUAAGAUCCUAAUGAUAUUAAGGAUCAAACGUUCUCAAGGGUCCCUCUGCACCCUUAAAACUGUUCGAUUCCAGUUUGUCCAUCAUGGGGAGUCAUGUUUGAAAAAAAGGGAAAAAAACGAUGGAAUAAAAGUAUUUAAACAUGCGUGAAUAAUUAAUUAUCCAAUUAUAUCAGUUAUUAGAGGAAAAAACUUCAUCGAAUGAGAAAAAGUAGGGGAUAUCAUAUAUAAUGAGUCGAUUGUAUUGUGAUCGAGAUAAUCAAACGCACGAAAAAAUUUAAUAGAAAAAUAUAGCGAAUUCACUAGACUAUUCUAUUGGAUU